AAAAAAGAAACGAGAGUCUUAAGAACGUUAUUGCGACUACGCGAUUCUACGUUGUAAGUGUUUGCGUGAACGAAGUCAUUGAAUCAUUGUUACACACAUACACACGCGCACACACAAAGAAAACAAAACACACAUACAUGAUCCUCCCCAGCAAACAAGAAAUACGAUAAAAAAAAGGAUAAAAAAAACAGAGCAUAUAAAGGCGCGCGGUAUGGCGACGAUUGCACACCCAAUUUAUCGAAAUCGAUCGUAUUCGAACGAUUGCCAGUCUCUAUUAAAACACACCGAAGGGAUUUAAAUUCUAAUGAAUUAUAUCGCCACAACCCCGCAUAUUAUUAUCAUUAUUAUUAUCAUGAUUAUUAUGAUUAUUAUUAUUACGAGAUGAUUCGACUCGACCCGCUGCCUGAUUUCUAAAAACCGAAGAAACGAACAGAGAGAUUAAAAAAACGGUCGAUGUUCAACGUUAUCGUUUUAUUCUAUUUUAAAUGUUUACUGUAUAAUAAAAUUGUAAUAUAGUCGUUGGGCGAAUAAAGCUCGUUUUUCGAUAUACAUAUACACACAUGUCACGGAACCACUGUUGCGCCUUUCGCCCCUCAUCCAUAAAAGUUUGUUUUAUCUUUUCUCCCUGAUUUUAAUUUCAUGCUAAUCCUGCUUCCAUCGAAUGAAAGUGUCACGCAUAAGUCACGCUAAAACAUUAAAUCAUGUAUGAACUUCCAUACUAUCAGAUUAAUUAGCAAACUACGCGGGCCACGAAUUCUCGAAUUAAAAGCUCAAUAUUCCGUGUUGCCCCUGAGAAAACGCAUCGUUUCGAGGAAACUUCGUUCUUUGAUAUUUCUCUAAAGUAAAGUAGAGACUUUUAGUAGAAGACUUUUAGAAAUAUUAGUAGAAAGAAUUAACCGCCAUGGAGGAAGAGAUAAGCGUCCGAGUGGAGAGUAAUCCGACGAAACCAGAAAUUACAUUACGUCCAAUAAUGUAUAUUUCUUGGUUGUUAGGAGUCGGAGUGGCUAGGCCGAAGAAUUGUCCAAAAUGGAUCACCGUCAUCCUGCGACUGAUCCAUUUCAGCGUGUGCUCGGUGAUCAUCGCGUUCAGUGCAACGGACUUUGCAAAUUUUGGCAAACAAUUCACCAGCAAGUUAUUCGAAAUUAUGUACUGCAUGAACGAAACUAUGUGCCAUCUCGCAGCCUAUUACUACGUUUAUCAUAUAAUAAGACAUUACGAUAAAUGGCCUGAAUUGAUGAAGAUGUUGGAAUCGUUGAAUCAAAAUAUUAGCAAAGGGUUGUCGAUCAAUGAUGAAUGCGUAAAAAUCAGCCAAAUCUUGGCCAUUAUAAUAGCGUUAUUAUGUGGUCCGGUGUCGCUAGCUGUUCAUAUCCUUUAUUACUAUUUCAUUGCACCUGAUCAGAUCUUUGUUUCCGAUCUGUUUCUCUAUUACACGAUCGCGCAAACUUUAGUAAACACCUUCGUGUUCGAUGUCAUCGUAUACAUGAUCUGCCACAAAUUUAGAGCAAUCAACGAGAUGAUCAAACAGUUAGAUGAAACGCUAACAUCCUAUUGGAUCGCCUUGAAGAUCAGAAGAAUUAGAAGACUGUAUAAUGAGAUGUGUUCCAUAAUAAUGACAGUGAACGAAAUUUAUGGCAUUGAUCUGCUGUUGUGUUCUACGAACGCUUUUAUAAUGGUGGUUGCGAAACUGUUUAGAAUCUACAUGAGCGCCGCAGAACAGAAAAGUGGUUUCAUAUUUCUGAACAACGUGAUCUGGAUAAUUUAUAUGCUUCAAUUCAUUUUGAUGUGUUGGCUGUGCACACUGACCCACCGAGAGAUAGAUAAAAUUGGGCUAUAUAUCAGUAAAUUUAUACUGAAUACACAACACUCGACGAAAUUUAACAAGUUGUCUUGCUUCGGUAACAAAGAGCCGGAGCAGUUAGGAAUCUUCGAUAAUGAAUACCGUGAUAAUGUCGCCUUGAAUCUGAAUGGAUUCGGAAUGGAAAGUCUUUUGCGAUCAACUUUCGAACAAGAUUGUGUUCGAAACGAAAUCAAUGAUUUCUCAUUGCAACUGACACAAUAUAGAAUUACGUUUACUGCGUGUGAUUUCUUUGAAAUGAAUAAUUCUUUGCUAACAAGAGUGAGUACGAUAAUAUUUGAUAUUUAUAUGAUGUUGUUAAUUAUAUUCGUGUAUAUUUACUUUCAGUUUAUCAGCGUUAUCACCACGUACUUGAUCAUUCUGGUACAGUUCUAUAAGCCAGAAGGUUUCUGAAUAUCAAGAAUGAAAAACGUUGAUAAAUCUGUCGAAAUAAAUCCUCUAGAUACUCACAGAGAUAAGUAAAGUAAAUGUGUGUAAGUAGAGAGA